AUGCUGUGCUGGAGAGGACCCGUCCGCUUGGCGGGAUGUGUACGGCGGUGUCGGUUCUACAGGAAGCCCGCGUCGCAUAUUGCGUCAGUGCUUCGUGGGGGGAGGGAGGAGGCCCCGCGGGCCUCCUCCUCCUCCCAGAAGGAAGUGUUUCUGUACGGGAAGUCUGAGAACGAAACUGUUGAGUCGCUGAAGAGGCUCGGGCUUGCCCCAGUGGACAGUAAGACUGCCGCUGCGGACAGGCAGGAUUUGGUGCUGGCAUCGCUUAGGCAGUUCAACGUCUCGUUCAGGCAGAGCAACAAAAACUACAACGCGCUGUCGAGGUCCCUGCGUGAUGGUGCCAUUGACGAGGAUACGAGGUUUCAGAUAGUGCUUGCGUACGUUAUCGAGGAGUGUCGACUCGAGGUGAAGAGGCUUAACCAGUUCGGUGUGCGCCAGCUGCAAGAGUGGAACUUGGAAUGGACGGCCCGGAAACAGAAGCAAGGUUCAGAUAUGGAGUCUAAAGUGAUGUCCGGGCUAUUUGCACAACAGAGCGCUACUACAUCGGAUUCAGGGGAAGAGGAGCCCUACUUGGCAAAUACUAAGUUUUUGUUCGGGAUUCUUAGAAAUAUACUGGCAUCGCAUCUGGACAACUGGCAGAAGGUGAUCUCCCCCGUGCAGCUCGCAGAGAUAUUUGAAGUAUUCAAACAGAUUCGUAUAGACCAGUGGAAGUACCAGGGGAUAUACCUUUCCGCACGAAUACUGUACUCUACGGGCAAGAUCCAAAUGGAUCCGAUCAACGAGUCUUUCUACAUCAACGCUCUCACUAAACUAGGGUACAAUAAGGAGGCGUGGAAACUGUUCAAAGCUGGAGAACUCAAGGUCAAUCAACGUUGGUGGAACGAGUUGGGACUCAUGAUAGCGUUGCUGUCAAACGAUCUGUCCAGAUUCCAGAAACUGCUGAAAAGAACAGAUGAAAAGUUUCACUCCCAUCAGUACUUACCGCCAAAAGUACUGCGAUUGGCUGUUAGAAAAUUCAGCAGAAUUGAUUACAAGGACCGGCUAAUAGAGGACCUCGUGUCCAGGUUUAUUUCCAUGGCUGACACAAUAGGGAUCACCGACUUGAAAAUUGACGAGAGAACUACGUAUUUUGAUGAUGAGGAACAAGGGAACAAAUAUCUGAAUUCAAUGGAAAAAAUUACGUAUGACGACAUGGCCUCUAUUAUUGAAUCAUUGCUAUACAGUAGAAGUUAUCGACCUAUUGCCUCCUCACUGAUGGAAAAGUUUCUCAGCUUGGAUGGCGUUGAUUCGCGAGUCUUUCAGACACUCUUGAUGAAGACAAGGUUGUCUCUUUUGAAAGACUUCCAACUGCUGGAACAGUUGCUACCUAAAUCUACCAAGUCGAAGACAACUCAAAGUAAAGCAGAACUACAAUCCAAAUUUGACAUCUUAAGGAGCAAAUACAAAAAUGUAUCCCAGGAUAACACAAUCGUGGACCGUUUCUUUUUCGAUUCAGUCAACGACCUUUUGGAUAACCCACGGCUCGCAAUUUCUACCAGUUCUCUACUCCAAGAUAUGGCCAGCACAAAAAAAGGAUCUCGUGAAAAGGUAUCAAAGAGGUUUAACGGUUUUUUGAAGCUUCUGCUGGCAAACGGUAAAGAGAUAUCAGCCACAUCAAUAUUGCUAGCAUUAGAAACUUCACAAAAGGAAUCCAAAAUGCAUUCAUCGAUCAAGUUUCCAAGGUUAAACGCACACCAUUACGCUACAUUCAUUCAAUACUACACUAAAAAGGCAUUGGAUGCUGACAGAAGAAAAAAUCGGGACAAAUGGGCAUUUUACGAAAAAAAGAUAGUUCAAAUAAUGCAAAAAGUUAACGAACUAAACAUUUCUUACAACUCCGUAUACCUCGCCAAACUUUUGGUUUUUUAUCGAGAAGUAAUGAACUUCGAUCGAUGCUUCCAAAUCAUCAAUACUACAUUGGUCGAAGCUGAAAAGAAUAUAGACACGGACAAUGGUGAGAUGAGACCAUCCAAAGUACUGAAUCAACGGUUGUAUUAUGAGAUGUGGAAGGUAUACGCGAAGUAUUACAGAUUGAGAUUUUUGGAGUUAACAAGAAUCUCUGCUUUGUCGAAUUAUAACGGGAGGGCUUAUCAUGCCAAUCGAACUAUGAGGAAAACUACUUCGGAACCCAUGUAUGACUUAACAUCCCUCUUUGACUAUAUGGUAAAUAAGGAUAAUCUGUUACCAAAUACCAGGUUUAAUUGGCUCAUUCUAGACGCCUUUAUUUGGUCGCGGGAGUGGGUAGCAUUGCCUGCAGUGAUCAGUGUACUGCACGAUAAGUUCAGCGUUACGUUCGGCCUCCCAUUUGCCAAGUAUCUAUUGGUCGGUAUAAAAAAAGAGUUUCUGGCCUUGGAAACUCAACGGCAGAUGGGCGAUAAUCCUUCGUUGCCCUACAUGGAAGCUAGAAGACGUGCCUUGGAAGAGUGUUUUAGGUUGAAAUCAGAGGGUAAUAUUUUUUGUCGGUUCGACCGAAGUUCUGACGAUAUCUUCUCGGAGCUUAUAAAAAGAAUCCUCUUAUUUCUUAAAUACAAAAAUCCUUACGAUUCGGAGUUCAGGGAAGUACAUCAAACGUACGAGAAACUCCAAAUUCCUCCCCCAUUUGACUUAAAAUUAUAG